CGUUUGGCGGCCAUUUUGGCUUUGCAGCGGAGAAAGUUAGCAGUCUAUAUGUCCGCGUUCUUUGAAGCAACUUGCUGAAAAGUUGCUGUUCAAGACAAGCUUUUACACUGAGAUAUAGACCUGUAAUACUGCCAUGGCGGAUGCCACGGCCAGAUCCUUACAGUAUGAAUAUAAAGCGGUAAGUUUAGCACUUUUCUAGCUCUCGAUCUGUUUUCAGCCAGCACGUGUUAGCUUAAUUAACCCUUCCUGAUUAUAUAAGCUAACGUUGCUGUAGUUUUUGAUCGAAUUUUACAUAGUUGAGCAUCUUUUUAGUUGAUGUACUUAUAGGUCGUUCCUACUUGUUUACCGUGACCUCAGGCAAAUGCGCACUUUUGAGCACUGUUUUACAUUUAUAACUUUAUGUAUUACCGGUAAAAAACUUAGCUUCGAGCUUGUGGUACCAGGUUCGAAUUAGUUUUUUCCGCAAAUAGUAAUAUUAUUAUUAAAAUGACCGCAACUCCAAGGAGUUAUUUUUACUUGGGACUCAUCUGAAGUCUUGCGGUUUACUUGAAUUUUAGGCCUUUCAAAAUAACUGUUUCUCCUGGUAACCACUUGAGCCUGGUCAUCACCAGGGUAUCUGAUCACUUUGUUCCCUGGUCAGAUCCUUCCAAGCCAGGUUGGCAUGGCACAGAUAGACAAACUGUGGUUAUAAGUUUAAAAUGGAUUGGAAUUGUGGCUUUUGAAAACUUGUUAGCCUAACAAUUUUUCACAGUUUAUUUUUGUUAUUCACUUCUUUUACAUAAACCAUAAUGCACCUUGUUUCCCCCCCCACCCCGCCCUCCAGACUUUGCAUAACCAUUAUUUCCAAUUUCUCCGGGGUAUAACAGUCACCCCAAGAGAAAUCCAAUACAAUGGUCAGGCAAAAUGUUUGAGGGUGUAUUAUGGUCUAUGUGAAAUGGUUAAUUUGUAACAUUUGAUGAAAUGCUUGGAAGACACUUUUGUUUGACACUGAACUGCGAUUCUGUUAUUUACAAGUGGCUUCUUUACUAACGUCAAGUUUGACAUAGCGAAUAAGGACGUGUUGUCGGCAAUUUUGAAAAUUUGAACUAGACAGCCGUGAUACGGCCCCUUUGAAAUGACCAGGUAUUCUGUAGGUAUAGCUGCAAGUUAAUAUAAUUGUACAGUCAUUCCACUGUAAAGCAUAAUCAAUACUCUUGUAUUAAUGCUAUUGUUAUUUAGAACUCCAAUCUUGUGUUGCAAGCUGAUCGCUCACUUAUUGAGCGCCGUGGUCGUGAUGAAGCAACAGGAGAGGUUAUGUCACUGGUGGGACACAUUGGAGGAAUCAAAAUGGGUGACAAGUAUCAGAGAACUAAGCCUCCUGUUUCAGAAGAGAAUAAAGCCAAGUUAGUAGUUGCUAUGGUGUACACUGUAGUCAGCAAUGUUGAAUUGAACAUUACUGGUUUUACUGUUUGGUAACUGCAACAUUAUUAUAAGUUUGUUAUACCAAUACUCAGGGUAUUGAAAAUAGAGAUACAUAAAGUCUGGAAAAAUAGUAAAAAGUCUGGAGUUUUUUUUUUCAAUGCUACAACAAGUACUUAAUAAGUGAGUUUUUUUCACCAUGGUCAAAUCCCAUUCAAUCUUGCCAUAUAGAAGACAUUUAAUCACAGAAUGAGAAGUCUCUUAAUUCUCUUAUGUAUUCAUUGCACUGUGGUUACCGUAUGUUUGAAGUGCAGCAUGAAAAAGGCUUGGUUCCUGUGUUUUUCAAGAUCUCUAUUGCUCACCUAUUUGUUAACCUUGAGUCUGGAAAAAUAAAGUAUUGUUUUUGGUAAAAGUCUGGAAAAAGUCUUGACUUUUGGAUCCAAAAAUCUCUAUGAACCCUGAAUACAGCUCCUUGCCACCACCCCCACCUCUGCUACAGCAGUAAAACUGGCCCUUAUGUUUGAACUUCAUCCUUACUACAUGUAGGAUACCAAUAGGUGUUGUUAUUUCAAUAGUUGUUUAGGUUGGGGGCUGGAGAUAAAUUUUGCUUGGCUGUUAGGAAUCAUUAGCUCAGCAACUUUGUUAAAAACAGGAGUUGUUGACAACACAAGAAUAUAUUAGACAAGAACAUUCAUAAUGUUCCAGGGGUUUCUUCACAAUAAUUCUCUUCCUAAUAUCAGUUUUGCUGUGAAGUUAUUUGUUAUUUGUUUUUUUUAGACGACAAAAGUUGGCUGAGCGAGAAGAGUUUACCAAGGGUAAAACAAGUGGCAGCCUUUUGUCAGAAGAUGCAUCAGAUUUAGCAGGAGUGCGAUACCGACCAAAAACCAGAGAAACAAAGUCCACCUAUGAAGUUCUACUUAGUUUUAUCCAGGCUGCCAUUGGAGAUCAGGUAUCUUCACUUUGUGUUGUUGGCAUAUUGCAUUCAUGUUUUCAAAGUCUUGUCACACUGUAUAUGAAAUCCUUUAGAGUGUUUCAACCAAUGACUUUCCCAAUUUUGCCUCAUUUCCUUGAAUUCCAGUGUAAACAAACUAAACAGAUACAUAUAUUUAUGGAUAAACCUAUGUUUUUGAUUUUUUUGUUUUGCCCAGCCACGUGAUAUUUUAUGUGGGGCCGCUGAUGAAGUUCUAGCAGCGUUGAAAGAUGACAAGAUGAAGGUAAUGUGUAGGCACAAGUCUUUUGAAGAAAAAUGACUGAAUUUUUUUUACCCGAUUAUGUGUUUUUAGUUUUGUUAUUCCUUUUUAAAGACACUUGAAUGCCUUUACUUUGCUGCUGUAAAUGCAAUGUUUGCAAAUUAUUUGUGAAAGGGGCCAUGUGUUUGGUGUUCUCUUUACUCUCAAUAACGACUAAGCUCAGAAAUCUUGAGCAACAAUUUUUUUGGCUUAAAAAGUGUACUAAUGCAUUAUCUUUUAUUAAGGUUUUAAGACACCAACCUUGCAGGGAAUUCAGUUGGUCAUAAUAAGAUUGAACAAACUCUGUUUUAACUGUUGUGUUUUAUUCAUUUUGAAACCAACAUUCAUGAGUUUGACUAUUAUUAUUAUUAUUAUUAUUAUUAUUAUUAUUAUUAUUAUAAUGUUAUUAUUAUUAUAAUGUUAUUAUUAUCAAAGUGGAAAUGAUCCUCGCAGUUGAAUAAAUAAUUGAAAAAAAAAAGUAGCUGAAAAAGAACCCAAACAAAUUCAGGCUUGACUGGGAAUUACCGGUAAACCCUGGCCUUUAUGAUGACCGGAUGCAACGCUCUAUCCAUUAAGCUAAUCAAGCCAACUGGAAAGGAGGCCAUUAUGAGUUUUUCAACUGCUUAGGUUGUUUAUCCAACUGCGAGGAUCAUUUCCACUUUCAUAUCUUUAUCAGCAGUUCAAAAUAUGAGUCAUUCCAUAUAUUUCCGUUCAAUAUAAUUAUUACUGUUACUAUAUUGUAUGCUUGGACACUUUGAUUUUUUGUCAUGAUUUGGAUAUGUAAGUGUUUGCGACUUAAUCUGGGUUAACCAAUGCUCCUAGGACAAAGAACGUCAAAAGGAGAUAGUGUCUUUGCUUGGUGGGAUGCCAGAUGAAAGAUAUGCUCUGCUGGUGAAUUUGGGAAAGAAGAUUACGGACUACUCUGUUGACAGAAGCUUACUUAAUGAUGGUCAGUGUUGAUGAAUUUGUUUUUUAUCCUUAGCUGGCAUUCAUAUUACAGAUUUGAUCAUUGAAAUCUAGUCAACUUGAUGCCCACUACUUUGUGUAACUUUGAUCAUCAUAUCAACCACCACAUCCCAGUCAAAAUCUUCUACAGUGCAGAAUAAUUGGAGUAGCAGGUGGGAGAGGCAAAGUUGUGUGUUUGAAAGUGACAAAAUUGCUGGUUGUCAGCUCUUUUUCCUGUCUUACCCCUUGCACUAUUAUUAACUGCAAUGUAAAAUGAAAUGUGCUAAAGUAAGUAUUCAGUUCUUUCCUUGUGGCUGUAUUUCCGAAAAUGUUUUUUACUAUAAACUGAAAAAAAAUUUUCUGUCUGAGUGAAAGGAAAACAGCAUCAAAAUUUAACAUCUUACUUGAAGCGCAGCAUGUGUUGUAGAGAUGAGCAUAUUGCUGGUAAGGUUUACAAAUGUAGUAAAGCCUGCUGAUCAUAUGAUUAAAACUAAUCCUUGCUUUACCUGAUUCUGAAAGUCAUGUGGAUUAUUUAGGUUAUGAUUAUGAUCAGCAAACUGUGACAAUGUUUGUGAUCUCUCCUGUGAUUCAAAGUUGUAGUUCUCAGUAAUGUUUUUCACUUGACUAUAUACAUUAGAUGAAGUAAUUGACGAGACAUAUGGAGUUGCUGUACAAUUUGAUGAAGAGGAGGAAGAGGUAAUUUCAAAGAAAAUCUUUCUUAUGUCAAAGUAAUACGGCAGGGUUUUAUGGGUCAUGGAAAACCUGGAAAGUCUUGGAAUUUAAUUGUCAGUCAUGGAAAAUCAUGUAAAAUUGACGGUUACCUUGUGAAUUUUGUGAUUUUUCCAGCAGUCCACAAAAUACAUGUAAGUUCCAGCAAAAAAAAGAAUUACCGCAAACAUAUUUUCUGCAAAAAUUUACUACAGUGUAAAAAUUUUCUGACUUAAAUUCACUUCCGAUUGAUCAUCAAAUUAAUAACUCACCGCAGAGGUUAUUGUAAUUGACGGACAAAGGAAAGUAAUCUGUUUUACUUGUUUAACACAGGGUAUGCACACCCCAGUAUUGUUUGAAAAUAAUAUUUGUAUUUCCAUUGCAUGCAGUCAAUAAAAGUGAAAAUAUUAUCAGUGAUUUUUCCUGGACUUUCUGAAAAUUGCAAAAAUUAAUUCCCAGUGAGAAAAACCAGUCUGUCCUAAUCGCAAAAAAAUUAGUUUCUGCAAAACACAAAUAAUCACCAAUUCCCAAUAAUUAACUUGUGCAGAAAAUUUGUGCCACACGGUAUAGAGACAAGUAAUUAAAUAGUGCGAAUGAAACCCGUUUUGGUGGACACCAGAGUUUGUCUGUCAAACUGAGUUAUAACUGUAGGUAAAAAUAUCACAAAAAACAAGAACAGUUUUGAAAACUUUUGAAAUGGGCAGCUGAACCUUAGGUUAUGGAAAAGUUUAAAAGGUCAUAGAAAAAGUCAGAGAAAGUCAUGGAAUUUGUAGUUUUCUUUUGAAUGAUCGUGUGUUGUGAACUCUUGAGGCUAGAAUAGCUGAUACAACAUUGUCAGUACUAUGUUCUACAAGGAUAUUUAAAAAUGGAUUCCUCUAUGCUUUAUUCUUGCAGGAAGAUAAAGACUUUGAUGAAGUCAUGGAUGAAGAAUCGGGUGAUGAGGCAGAGGGUGUGGAAGCUGAUACGACAAUGACUCUUCAGGGAGGGGUAAGCAAAUACUGAUAGACAGAAUGAAAACAAAUAGAUAAUCUUUGUUGAUUUAACAAUCCAACCCUCUUUAUAUUUUCUAAAUAAUGAUAUAGCUCAACUUCUUGGAAUCAACAUAUGUCAUAAUUUUGUUUUCAUUCUCCUAUUGUCUUGUUCUGUAAGUAAAUCUUUUAAGUAAUUUAAGUUGCUUCUUCUUCUUUUUUCCUGUAUCUUAGUUUAGUUUAUGGACCCCAUUUAAGCCCCAGGCUUCCAGUUCAGGCUUCCCUGUCACCGUCUUUUGGGUUAUUUUGUCUAAAUUCUACAAUCUGUGACAAAAACAAAUAAAUCAAAUCAAGUCAAACCUACCGUAACCUUCUGAGACUUUUCGCAUAACAAUGGUAAAUGUGCUUGUUGGCCAUAGUACAUGUACUUGAAUUUGUGCAUGGCAGUAGAUCUAGAUAUAUUUUAAGAAUUAGAAUUUCUCAGAAAUGUUUGUCACAUUUGUCUUGUAGCUGGAAGAGGAAAGAUCUCAAAGGUCAGGAGACAACCUUCACCCUCGAGACAUUGAUGCCUUUUGGUUGCAACGAGAGCUGAACAAAUAUUACGCAGAUGCAGAGGCUUCAAGAUCUAAAGCUGAAGAAGUCUUGGAAAUUCUUAAGAGUGCAAAGGAUGAGCGAGAACUUGAGAACAAAAUGAUGUUACUUCUAGGACAUGACAAGUUCUCAUUUAUCAGGCUGCUACGCAAAAAUAAGAACAUGGUGCUGUACUGUACAUUGCUUGCGACAGCACAGAGUGCUAAGGAUAAGAAGGAGAUCGAGGAGAAGAUGAGCUCUGAUCCUGAUUUAGCAUCGAUACUUCAUGCACUGACAGAGACAGAGCAAGAAGACUUGAUUCAGGUUGGUUAAAUGAAUAAAACCAGUAGAUAUUGUUUUGUCCCAUCACAAGCAAGAGUGCCCCCUAUACAAAAUUCCAAAAAAAUAACUAAAUGAAAAAAUUUCGAUAAGAUACUGAAAAGCAGUUACAUGUACAGUACUACCACAUGGGUGAAUUGCCAUAGAGGUUUUGUUUUAAUGAAUGGUCAUAUACAUGUAUAUUGUAAUGGUGUUUAAAUCCCAGAAUUAAAAUUUUAGAUUUAAAUUUAACAUUUGUAGAUUAUUUUAUGUUGUAUAAAGUGCUCUGGGGGCAGAAGGUUUUGCAGGUAUUUUUUCUAUUUAAAAAUCAACGCUAGGGUUAUAGCAUUUUGUUACAUCUAAAGUAUGUUGGCAACUUUUCUAUACUGUAGGAGUGCAAAUGUCUUCCCUAUUACCUGGUUACUAUGUGGUACAAUAAACAAGUAGACAUUGGUUACCAUGGGGAAUUUUUCAACAUCUUACUUUGAUCACAAAGAAAUGUAUUGAACAAUGGUCAUGUACAUGUCAAAAGAACAAUGGUUUGACUAAUCUUCUUUCAUGUACAUCUCACAGGAGGAACGAGCACGGAAGGCAGCAAAUAGAAAGGCUAGGAUUGCUGCAGAUCUGGAUGCUGUUGAAUCUGAUCAGGUACAGGUUCUAUAACAAAAUCACUUGAUAUUUUAACUAAGUUUAUCCGAUCAAGUAGAGUGUUUUCACAUGACAUCUCAGCAGCCAUAUUGUUGUUCCAAAACAAUGAAGUGGCGGCCAUAUUAGUGUACCAAACCAAUCCUUUGGAAGUAUUGAAUUCCAAUAAAUUUGCGUAGAUGCUGGCCACAUUAUUGAAAACUCUCGAUUGGCUUUUCCACACUUUCUUACAUUUCUUUGGGAAGAAACAGCCCAUAAUGGUGUAACAUGUGUAAAGCAAAGACCUAAAAUGCUUUGUUUACUCAACUUAAGAUUGUUUUUAGAUACUUAUGAUUUGUCGAAUACACCUUGUCAUGAUUUCUUUUUAAAAGAUGGUUUAUUUGUUUUGUUCCCUUGUAGACUCGAGGCAGUCGAAAAAUACUGGAUCUUGAAGAUCUGACCUUUAAAGACGGCAGCCAUCUUAUGGCCAACAAGAGGUGCCAACUUCCAGAUGGUUCAUUCAGGAAACAAAGGAAAGGUUAUGAAGAAGUUCAUGUCCCUGCUCUGAAACCUAAACCUUAUGAAGCUGGAGAGGUGAGGUAGUCUGCUUCAUUAAAAUUAAUGAAAAUUAAAUUCUUUUUGUAGUAUCUUUGUAUUGAGAACUACAAAAAUAAAGUUGCAUUCUAAUUAUUGCUUUAGUACCCCCAGAGAAAUAUUACUCCAUGUUUUUUGUUUCCUUUUUAAUUUUAAACUCAGUUUAAAUUAAAGGUGCAAGGGAAUCAUCUUGAACAUGUAGGUGUGAUUUUGUCCAUGAGAAACUUAGAAAGGCCAUAUUUGUUUUUCAGUAAAGCUAUUUUGAAAGUGUAAAGAAGGGCUCAAAAAAAAAAUGGAUUCAAGUGUUGUUUCCUUUAGACAAGCAUCUCUCAGAUUUUUCUUGCCUGGGGCCACUUCUUGCUUGUCUUAGUCAAUGAUUUUGUUGGAGGAUGACUUGCCAGGGGCAAGUUAAGCUUUACAGAUUUCUUGCCAGCAAGAAAUCUAUUUGGUCUGGACUACUGGACAGGAUUUUUGUUGAGCCCUGUGGAGAGAGAAAGGAAGUAGUAGCUAACUUGCUCUUGUAUUCUUUGUUUUAUUUGCAGGAACGAGUUCCAAUUACAAGUUUGCCCAAAUACGCUCAGCCAGCCUUUGAAGGUUAUGACACCUUAAACAGGAUCCAGAGCCGACUGUGCAACACUGCUCUUAACACUGAUGAGAAUCUGUUACUUUGUGCUCCAACUGGAGCUGGCAAAACAAAUGUAGCUUUGUUAACAAUCUUGAGAGAAAUUGGCAAACAUAUUAACCUUGAUGGUACAAUCAAUCUGGAGGAAUUCAAAGCUAUCUAUGUGGCACCUAUGAAGUCUCUUGUGCAGGAAAUGGUUGCAAAUUUCACUAAGGUAAGUUAAACUUUCAUGGAAGAAUUGGUUUAGGAUUAGGGGUAGGGUUUGUUAUUCCAGAAAAUAUCCAUACCAUACCAGGGACAGCUUCCAUAUUUAAACCUGUCUCGCCUUUGGAAUUUCCAAAAUGUGUUUUCCCCCAUACCCCGGAAUUCCAAAAUCAUUAACCCCCAUCUGCUUUAGGAUUUUCCAUUUUUUCUGUCAAACCCUUUGGCAAAUAUGCCCAAUUUGGCUUAUUUUAUGCCAAAUUAUUUCGAAUGACUGUACUUCCAUUCAGUGAAACUGGUUAUAGAGGGAACAAAACACUAAACAAGACAAGCAUAGAUAGAUCGGGCAUGUGUUAGUGUUGAUUUGCAGAAGAAAACCAACAAAACGCGUACGUGGGUUGUAAAAGCCAAGGUCUUAACAUCUAUUAUCCAUGAAAUAUCGAUUUGAUAUUGUCCAUUCACUGCAAAACAUGAUCUUUAGAAGAAACCAAGCGAAAAAAGCAAAGGUAUAACUUAUGCAAGUAAAGUUAGUACAAUAUGUGUCCCCAUACAUCAAGUACCUACCCAUUAGACUGACAAUGCCUUUUUUGAAGCUCAUAGGAUUGGGAGUAAUUGCUGACCUGAAAGCUCAAAUUCAUGAAGAGGGAAUUGAAAAUACACUCAGUCACAAAGUCUCCUGCAUGCACACACGUUUUUGACAAGAUAUCAUUUUAAUGUUCUGUACCAGUUUGGGGGCAAUGUAAAGUUAACAUACAUCAUAAUGACUUCUAAGAACAGUGAUAAUCUCCCUGUUAUAGAGGCUCAGUACUUAUGGCUUGACAGUAUCAGAGUUGACUGGAGACCACAACUUAAACAAAGAACAGAUCAACAGCACACAGGUUAUCGUCUGUACACCAGAAAAAUGGGAUAUCAUCACUCGCAAGGGAGGGGAGAGAACUUUCACACAGCUUGUCAGACUGAUCAUCAUAGAUGAAAUACAUCUUCUACAUGAUGACAGAGGACCAGUGUUGGAAUCAUUAGUUGCACGUACCAUUAGACAGAUUGAAACGACUCAAGAAUUGGUCAGACUUGUUGGUUUGAGUGCCACUCUACCAAAUUAUGAGGAUGUAGCUACCUUCAUGCGUGUGAAUCCUGCCAAGGGUUUGUUUUUCUUUGAUAACAGCUUCAGACCGGUUCCACUGGAGCAGCAGUAUAUUGGGGUCACAGAGAAGAAACCAAUCAAGAGAUUACAGGUUUGUUAAGUGUAAUGUACAUAAUCUAAUAAUACUGGAUGUUCUGGAUGUUCUGUGCGGGAGAAGCAAUAAUAACCGAAGACAACAAAUAAAUAUUUUUAUUAAUUUUUUAAUUUCUUUGUCCUUAAGGCUCACUAUAAAGAUUGAAAGGACAGUGUUGAUAAGUUUUUUUAUGUUCAGUCAAUGGUCAGAAAUAACCCACUUCUGAGUUGCCCUGACUGUUGUUUUUUAUACUAAGGCUUAAUUUGCAUGAGAAUGAAAAGUCUUUUUCAUAUGAAAGGUGAGCAUCAGCACUCGCUUUGAAAAAGAGGCCAAAGUUAAUACAAAAAUAGCCUAUAACAUGUUCAUUGUAGGUUUUUAGGUUGUUAAUGUUAGUCUAGCCUUCAGUUGACCCCUUUUAGGAUGUCUUUAAAUAACAGUUGACUCUCUGUAACUCAAUCCCUUGCUAACUCAAAUGUGGCGUUAACUUGAACCAAAAUUGAUUUCCACUGGAUUUCCUUAGUACAUUUACUGUAAUUUUACCCUUGGUAACUUGAAUCCUCCAUAACUCGAACCUUCCACUAAUGUUGUUUUCCCCUCAGAUCAUUUCUAUAUAAUUUUACCCUUGAGAACUUGAACCAUGUUAUACUGUAAAUGCAUAAAAAAAACAGUGCAUAGCGGUCUGAAACAUCCAGUGUCAGUCUUUUUUGUUUUUUGUCCAGCCCUGUAUAUUGAUCGAGCUUUGUUGCCUAAUUGUUUUUCCUUGAUAUCAAUAUAUCUCUUGCUUCCCUUGAAGUUGACUGUGCUUGUUACUUGUACCCCUGUCCCAUCCCAUUUCCUUAUUUUCGGUUAUUUGCUUUGAACUCCCAAUAACUCAACCUCCUUAUAGCUAUAAUUUUUUUUGAUUUUCCCAAAAGGUUUGAGUUAUUGGGAGUUGACUAUAUGUAAAAAAUGAAAUGUUGAUCACAUGAGUUUGUUAUACCCAAAGUUUCAAAUCCCUGGUUGCUUAAUAGUGGUAUUCAGGGACGAGUCUUUGGAACAAAGAACGUUCAGAUGGCUCACUGUUGGCAGCUUAAGAUUCCCACUUGGCUGUCCGCUGCUGUUUGAACACAACUCAUCUUGCUCAAAAGUCAUUUAAAAAUACACGAACCUUCCUUUUUUUGCAGAAGAAGAGAGGUUUUGUAAUAAUGAUGUCACUGUAAUUUUUCUUGAAGGUAAUGAAUGACAUUGUGUAUGAAAAAGUCAUUGAACAUGCUGGAAAGAACCAAGUGCUGAUAUUUGUACACUCAAGGAAAGAGACUAGCAAGACGGCUCGAGCCAUCAGAGAUCUGUGCCUUGAAAGAGACACAUUAGGACAUUUCUUAAGGGAAGACUCAGCUAGCACUGAAGUCCUUAGGUAUGUACUCUACAAGACUUUUGAGCCUGAAUUAUUGAUAAAGGUUGCUUAAAAAAUAAAAGAUACUGAAUGCUAUGUGAGUAAGACUAUACCUAAGAUGACACCUUUGUUUUGAAGUGUUCUAGUAGACUCUUCUUUUGGCUGCUAAGCAGGCGACCACGACUUGUCUCCAUUUUUAAGUGCCAUUUGUAACUCUGUACUCUUGUUAUUGUUGAUUUUUUGUCAACCUUAUAAAAAUUUAUUGAGGCCUUUAUUUGCAAGGGAUAGUUUUGGACACGCAGAAAGGCAGUUUUAUUUUGCUAUGUUUUUACUUUGUUUUUACCUUGGUGAGAAACAAAGUUAUAGGCUAAGACUAUACCUAAGAUAUAACCUUUGUUUUGAAGUGUUCUAGUAGGCGCCACAAUCACUGCCACCUUUCAGCUGCUAACCAGGCCGUGAUCACGACUUGUCUCCACUUUCAAGUGCCAGUAAUUUUGUACUUUUGCUAUUGUUGAUUUUUGUCAACUUUACAAAAAUUUUUUUCUUCAAUUUGUAUUCCCCCUCCCUGCUGUUACUGUUUCUUCUCAUUCACUGAAAUGUACAUGUUUAUCUUUAUCAUAAUAAUAAGUAAUUUUAUUGCAAUCACCAUUACUUAGAACUGAAGCUGAACAAGCUGUUAACUUGGAACUGAAAGACUUGCUUCCUUAUGGAUUUGCCAUCCAUCAUGCUGGCAUGACCAGAGUGGACAGAACACUAGUAGAAGAUCUCUUUGCUGACAGGCACAUCCAGGUUUUAGUUUCCACAGCAACAUUGGCUUGGGGAGUAAACUUGCCAGCACACACUGUGAUUAUCAAGGGAACACAGGUACAGUUAUCCACAUCAUAGAUCAGAUGUAGUGUGUAUAGUAUGUCCAUUCAACUUAUGUAGACAGAGACAAAUUGUACUCUAAAUAUGUGUAGGUUUAUCACAUUCAUUGAGUUGCUGUUGCUCUGGGGGGAGAUGUUACGUGGUAUUUUUCCACAAAGCAUCUGUCGAAAGGCACAUUUGAACUCUUAAAAAACGGGAUGCUGUGCUUGUCAUUGAAGUCCCUGUAAAAUACUGGAAUUUAAUGUUAGAUUUCAAGAGUACUUGAAACACCCUUAAAGAGAAGAAUUUUUGAAACAGUUGGGAAAUAAUAAUUAUAGUAUUAUAUAAAGUCAUUCAAAGGUUGAGGGCAACUUUUAAAAUUGGGGAUAGAUCAUAUUGUUAAGAAAAAGUGAAUAAGCACAGCUUAGAUGAACACUGUUUGAAAAAUAAAAUGUUAGUGCUUGAAUAUGCCUUGAUAUACUCAUGAAUUUUAUAACCAAGAACUACAUGUGCAUUGUAGCACAAACCCAAGGACACUCACACGUGCACUAUGAACAGUUUGUUAUUCACUUAACCUUUUUUUGUUUGUUACAUAGUCUUAAAGCCUCCAACAUUCAAAGUACCAUGAUAUUUUUAGUACUAUAAUGCUCUUACUGGUCAGGUUAAAAAAAUAUACAUGUACAUUAUAUGACUUGCAUAAUAAGUUUUUUAAAUUUUACAUAACAAUUUUAACUAUCAUUACUAUCAUCAAUAAAAAUUAUAAAUUAUUCGCUUUGCAGAUUUACAAUCCUGAGAAGGGUCGCUGGGUAGAGCUGGGUGCACUGGAUGUGAUGCAGAUGCUCGGGCGUGCUGGGCGACCUCAGUAUGACACAAAGGGAGAAGGCAUCUUGAUUACAAGUCACAGUGAACUGCAAUACUACCUCUCGCUCAUGAAUCAACAGGUAACGUCAUAGGGGAACUUCUAAUUGCAGAAGAAAUUGUAGUAGUAGAAGGCUGUAGUUAACUUUAGCAAUAGCAGUAACAGUACAGCUAUAGCAUGUAUAUUACACUGUACCUGUAGCAGCAGUGGUAGUGGUAACAGUAGUGAUAUAGAGGCCAGUAGGGGCAACAGUGAGAACAGUACUUCUAUUGGUAACCUUGAUAAUGUUCUUAUUCUGUAUUAUUUUUUGCGCUUCAAGAAUGCAGGAAUCAUAAAUUAUAGCCUGAAAAACAAAUCACCUAGUGCACUAUGAAAAGUGCUUAGCACGUGAUGUUAUUGGUGUUCUGUGAGAGGAUUGCAACAACAGUAAUAUUGUACACUUACAAAAAAAUAGAAACUAAGUGAAACAGGUGACAGUAGCUUGAGCAAUACCAACUGAAUUAAUUGAGAGUAAAUACAACUCAUUUACAAUAAUUACUCAAGUUUGCCUCUCAAUUUAUAAUGGCCUAAAAAUGUAUUACAAGUUUAAAGGCUAGAUGUAAGUAACCUUGUGUUGUUUGUUUUUGAUUCCUUUAGUUACCCAUUGAAAGUCAGUUUAUUAGCAAGCUAGCUGACAACCUCAAUGCUGAAAUUGUGCUUGGAACAGUGCAGAAUGCCAAGGAAGCUGUGCAUUGGCUAGGUAUUUUUUCUACUGACUCUUUCUGAUUCCUCUUGGAAGCAUCUUUAAUCUAUUGGACGUAGUAUGGUGGUCUCUUGCUGACAGUCUUUGUGCAUUAUUUUGUAUUUUGUUCUUAGGUUACACAUACCUUUAUAUUAGAAUGUUGAGAAAUCCAUCCCUGUAUGGUAUAUCUCAUGAUGAGAUUGAAAAGGAUCCCCUACUUGAACAGGUAAACAAGUGUUUUUUCACUUCUAUCAUAGCAAAAAAAUAUAUGCUUAAAAAUUCACAUGUGAAAAGCGGCAUGUACGUCCCCAACCUCCAGAGUGCAUUUCAUCGACACUGGAGAGUUUGUAUUUGUGGCCGCAUAGCUUAGUCAUUGAAAGACAAAAUUCAUAUGUAAUGAUUUUUUUUUAGAAAUAUGUUGUACCAGACUUAACAGAGUGAUUUAACUUGUUAAGGGGUUGCUAUGUGUCUAAAUUGCGUAUAUAACUAGAUUGUUGCAACAAUUAUGUGUUAACAUUUUAAAGUAAAGAUCUUGUUAUUGUUGUGUAAUGUUGAGUCAUUCUUUUAUAGCGGAGAGCAGAUUUGAUCCACUCAGCUGCUACACAGCUUGACAAAAACAACCUUGUGAAGUAUGACAAAAAGUCAGGAAACUUCCAGGUUAGCACAAGCAUUUGCCUGUUUGACUUUUUCGACUUUUAGUUUUGAAAAAAUUUAAUUAAGUGCUAAUACCAGUAAUAAUUUACAAAGAUAUCAUUUUUUUAAGGUGACAGAGUUGGGACGCAUUGCCAGUCAUUAUUACUGCACUCAAGAAACCAUCGCUACUUACAACAGUUUGCUCAAACCAACUCUCAGUGAGAUUGAACUGUUUAGAGUUUUUUCACUAUCCUCUGAGUUCAAGUACAUCACAGUCAGAGAAGAAGAGAAACUGGAGCUUAACAAGUUGCUGGAGCGGGUUCCGAUUCCUGUGAAAGAGAGCAUUGAAGAGCCCAGUGCAAAGGUAGACUUUGUAAUAAGACAAUCUAGUGGCAGAUUGUUGCAUCUGCAGUAUCAAUAUGUUCUUCAUUUUACCUGCAUAAUAGCAAUGAAACCCAAAGUGUCAAAUUCCUGCAUGUUUUAGCAUAAUAGCAUUCAGGGCCCAAAUCUUUGGAACAGUGACUUCAGAUGGCUAAUUUUGGGCAGUUGAAAUACUGUGACUGCAUUAAAGCUGUUUGAAAAUAAAUGUAGUUUGAGUGUAUUCAGGCUUGUGGCUUUGUUGACAGUGGUUUUGCAGAGUAAAAGCUGGAAGUUCUUUCAUACAUAUAUACUUUUUUCUUUUCAAAGGUAAACGUUCUUCUUCAGGCAUACAUAUCUCAUUUGAAGCUUGAGGGGUUUGCUUUGAUGUGUGAUAUGGUUUAUGUUACUCAGGUAAUUAUUGUUCAAAUUAAACAGUACUUUAUUUCUGUAAGUCGUUGAACAUUUCUCACUUAACUUGUAGGCAAGGAGAAAAAAAUGACUGUUUUAAUUUUGCUUUUUUGUGCAGUCAUCAGGCCGGCUGAUGAGAGCAAUCUUUGAGAUUGUGUUGAACCGUGGAUGGGCUCAACUGGCAGACAAGAGCUUGAACUUGUGCAAGAUGAUUGAUAAGCGAAUGUAAGUCAACUGUGUAAAUUAUGCAGAGUACAAUUCCUGCUAAUGGGUUUUAUGAUUUGUUGGGUCUUUUCACAAAAAGUUAGAAUUCUCUGGUAGCUCUUGUAUGGAGCUUAACCUUGAACCUUUCAUAGCAGUAAUAUUUUGCAAUGUAACGUUGUUAUCUUGAUGAUUCCACUGACCAACAUGCUUUCUGCUCUCUUCUGCAUACAUUUCCAACAGUGCAAAGUGACUGUACUGCACUGCACUGCACUGCGCUCAUCUAAGGAAUGGUUUCCAACUUCCUUUAAAUGACUCGUCUGUUCAGUCUAUUUACACUAAUACAAAACAUUCUUGUGAUCAUCCAGGGUUAAGGUGAGGUAUGUUAGACAAGGAUUAUAUGGCGGCAAGGUGGGGUCAAUCCUGUGUUCUAAUUGGCCACCUGUUCAGACUAGAUGGUCUGAUCUUGCCUUCUCGGGAUUACUCACCUUGUUUGACCAAUAUCCAGCUACCUUGACCCCACAAUUGAUCAAUAGGAUAAACAUAAAAGAAACAAUUCUGAUUUGUCUUGAAUCUGAUCAAACCCCAGGUGGCUGUCCAUGAGUCCACUGCGCCAAUUCAAGAAAAUCCCCAUGGAGGUAAUCAAGAGAAUUGAGAAGAAGGAAUUCCCAUGGGAACGUUACUAUGACUUGGGAGCCACCGAGAUCGGUGAACUGGUGCAUAUGCCCAAAAUGGGCAAAACACUGUACAAGUUUGUCCAUCAGCUGCCCAAAAUGGAGUUAGCCACCCACAUCCAACCCAUAACAAGGUAUGUUAUACUAGGUCAGAUGCUUAAGGUUAUGUUCACACUGUACUGAAUAGCUUUUGCAUCGCCAUGAAAAGCAGACUGGACAGGGCUUCUGUUCAGACACAGGAGUGGUUGUGGCAGCACGAUUUCUGUGAUGGAACAAAGGUGCCCUGUGCCAGUCUCAAAAGUGGAGCAUCACAUAUUGCAUAGAUUUUGUGUGGUACUUUGGUGCAGUGUGAACACCUAUUCAGCCCGUCACAGAGGUAAAUAAGUAGGAGUGAGAACUGGAACCCACAGAGAUGGAAGUAAAUAUUCUGGGGUGAGAACUAGAAUUUAGCGCCCCAAACCCUCUUGGCUAACUGUGCCGGUACGAUGUUCGAUGUUUGUGAAUGACGAAAGCUAUCCAUUAUAGUGUGAAUAUAGCCUUGGUGUUUUUUCAAGUUGCUUUCUUUGUUUUGUUUUCUGUCCUUUCCUUUUCAGAAUGGUCAGUGUGUUUUUUUGCUACAUCUUAUGUGUAUGAUAAGGCUUUCUUAGAAGACUUUGAGAUUGGCAAUUUCAUGUUGGUCUCUUCAUAACAUUUUAAAACGUCCAAGUUACUAAGAUAAUUUCAUCAUCAUGUCUCUUCACACCAUAAUGCUGUCGCCCACAAAGUUUGGAACUCUAACUGGUAACUUGAUGUGGGACACAUUAUUUUUUCCCGUCCCUUUUCUUUCUUUAUACUUCACUUUGUGUUGCUUUAUUCUAAUACAACCACUCCAACAUGUUUUCCUUGUCAGAUCGACUCUAAGUGUGGAACUUGUGAUCACCCCAGAUUUUCAGUGGGACGAAAAAGUUCAUGGAAACUCAGAGGCAAUGUGGAUAUUUGUGGAAGAUGUUGAUAGUGAGAUCAUCUUACAUCAUGAGUACUUCCUGCUAAAGAGCAAAUUUGCCUCGGAUGAACACACGCUGAAGUUUUUUGUUCCUGUGUUUGAGCCUCUUCCACCGCAGUAUUUCAUCAGGAUUGUGUCUGACAAAUGGCUUGGUGAGAGUUUAUUAUUAUUAUUUUUUAAUAUGCCUCAAAAAUCUUAACCGUUUAGCCCUUUAAGUCCUGUUACUUGAGUUAUCACUAAUGCUACCAUGUAUGUUCUCCCUAAAUUUAUCGGUGAUGAUAUGAAGACGACAUGACGUUGCACUUGUUGUUUUAAGCGGUAGUACGCAUCACUUAACUGUCGUACAGUAGCGGCUGAGAAUUAGAAUAGUUAGUUUUGUGCGACAGCUCACCAGUGCAAAUAGCAAGUAAGAACUUUUGUCUCAGAUGAAGUGGUGACAUGACAUGACAUGACAAGUAGUGCGCUGAUAGUUGUCUGGUUUGAACAUUUCAAGUAUUUACAAUGUUGUCAUUAUGAAAGUUUUAUAUUUUUUAUAUUUUUGUAUUUAGGGUCUGAAACGCAGCUACCAGUAUCAUUUCGACAUUUGAUUCUGCCGGAAAAGAAUCCUCCACCAACUGAACUGCUUGAUCUUCAACCUUUGCCAGUUUCUGCUCUCAGAAAUCCUGCAUUUGAGAAUUUAUACAAAGACAAGUUUCCAUACUUUAAUCCUAUACAGACCCAAGGUAAGAAGAACUGACAUGACUGUUGUUUUGAAAUAUAUGAAAUAAUUCAUUUUUGAACUGCGGUUGUAGAUGAUCGUUCUUCACUUUCAUGACUGUUGUUUAUUAGACGCGCAACGUGAGCAUCCUAAAAACCUGGUUUUCAAUUAUGGAGCGACACAAAUACAAGUGCAAGCACAAGAGUUCUUUAUGUCCCCUUAAUAACAGUCUAGACUAAAGCACAAGGAUCAAAAUUUUCCUUUUGUACACUCACUCUUGUGCUUGAGUUGUGCUUGAAUCGUACUUGCUUUGAUGGUGAAAACCAUGCAUUAGGGUAAUGGUACAGAGCAGCUCCCGGUUGUUCAAAAGUUGGAUAGCGCUACCCACUGAAUAAAUCACUAUCCAGCGGGUAAGUAGAGAUUUAUUCGGUGGAUAGUGCUAUGCACCUUUUGGACAACUCAGUGGGGCCUGCCUUCAGAGUGUUCGUAUGAAUUUUUUUAACGCUUUAUUAACUUUUAUACACACUGUGAUUUAAUAGGUUCAUUUAUUGUCAUAAUGCAUACAACUAAUGUUGUCGGUCGUUUUGGCCUUCCUUCAGUGACUAGGGUUUCCAAUAAGUUUUUCGGCGUCCAGGAUUUGCCUUGUUUUGAAGGCCGGGAUUUGGGAUUUCAAAGCAAAAUAGGGUUGGGAUUCGGGAUGAAAGUACGCACAGGAUGCGGGAUGCCGAAAAUUACCAUCGGGAUGACGGGAUUGAGCGAAGAUUAGGGUCGGGAUGACGGGAUUGAGCGAAGAUUAGGGUCGGGAUGACGGGAUUGAGCGAAGAUUAGGGUCGGGAUGACGGGAUUGAGCGAACAUUAGGGUCGGAAUGACGGGAUUGAGCGAACAUUAGGGUCGGGUUGACGGGAUUGAGCGAACAUCUGUGUCGGGAUGACGGGAUUGAGCGAACAUUUGGGUCGGGAUGAGAGGAUUAAAGAACCCUAUUGGGGAACUACAAUGGUGUUUGUUGGAUUAAACUAGAAUAACUUUAUUACUACAGUGUUACAUGGUCUGCCUUUGUUUUUGUCUUGUCAGUUUUUAACACUCUUUACAACUCUGAUGAGAAUGUUCUGAUUGGUGCACCGACCGGUAGUGGUAAGACCAUCUGUGCAGAGUUUGCGGUGCUACGACUCCUUCAGCAGAUAACUGACUGUAGAUGUGUGUAUGUCACUCCAAUGCAGUCGCUGGCUGAUCAGGCAAGUCGUGUUUUAAAACACAUACACUAGGUGUCUGUGGUGUGCAGUAGAGUACAGGAGAGAACUGCUCAGCAGCGUCAAUCAGAGCCACGGAAGAAUAAAAAAGAGAAAAACACCUAAAACGCGUUAUCAACCACUGGAAGUAGCUUCCCUUUAAAAUGGUCACAUAAGUAGCGUGCGAAUGCAGAUGUAUUUGCGUUCGUCGCUUCUCUCCACCCGAAAAGGUGGAGAGAAAUACGUUUGAAUUUGCAGGCUACCACAUAAGCUGUUUGAGUCCAGAUUUUGAAAAAUCCUCUCCUGCUUUGCAAGUUUUCGUUUUACCUGGGCUUAAUCUACUCCCCCGCGUUUCACUCGACGGACUAAGGCUAUCUUCACACCAUACCGGACAGCUUUCCUUACCGACACGAAAAGGUAUCCGGUAUAGUAUUAGUAACAACGGCACAGAACUGGAACAAGUCCUUCACACACAUCGCGCUGGAGCGGCUGGCCAAGAGGGCGUGGUGACCUUAAUCCCACUCCUCACUCCUGAAUAGUUUUUUGCUUCGCAUUGGAUUCCAGUCCUCGCUACUACUUAUUCACUUCCGCCACGGUCCGAAUAAAUCACCGUUCUCAUGUGUGAACAGGAACCCCAUCCGUUAUGGUUAUCGUGCCGGCGCUAGAUCCAUCCGGUAUAGUGUAAACAUAUCCUAAUAGAAUAGAGGGGCUUCUCAUAGUCUGUAUGAGUACUAGAAACAACUGUAGCGUUGCAACCUGUGAUUAAAAAUAAUAAUCUUUAUCCUGACCUCGUUCAUGGUGAUAUUAGGACGGCAUGAGGUUGCACUUGAGGGUUUUAUGCAAUGACGUUCUUUUGUUUCCAUAAGAGUUGAAUGGUCAAUGUGUGCUGUUCUUGGUUUUAUCAGGUUUUUGCUGACUGGCAGAGCAAGUUUGGCUAUCAAUUAGGCAAGAACGUGGUCAUGCUGACAGGAGAAACUAGUGCAGAUCUUAAACUUUUGGCCAAGGUAAACAACAACAACAACAACAACAACAACAUGAACACAAAGUUUAUAACUGUGCUGAUAUUUUUUGUUAGACCUAAUUGUAAUUGCAAGAUUUCCCUUGUUACUGCUAAAGGCUAACGCAAGCGAUAUUCAUGUGAUUUUUACUACAAUUUUGGGGCGAUGUUAAAGCGAGGUAACCAUUGGGUGCAUGAUCUCAUUAUCUAUGGAAGCAAUGGUGAUUUUGCACGAGUUAAAUUUCGCAGCAAUAAUUCCUGAAUAAACGGUCGUAACAACGAGAUGUUUUAUGUAGACAUUCAACAAUGGACUCAGUUUCCUACUCGAAGUAUCGUUAACACGGGAAAAUAUAAGUUAGAAAUGUUUGCCACUGUUGACUGGAAGCCAGGGGAUUUGAAGCAUGUUGGCAAUAAACUGCUUCUGUUUCUAAUCACUUAAUACUCUCUACCAGUAAAUGCAAUUUUUUUUGUUUUUUAAGAGAACGUUCCCGCACUUCUGCGGAUAGAAGCAUCGAGUCGGGGCUUCUUGUGACAAAAUACAGUCGUUUGUUCACUGAAAUUGUCCAUUCAAGCCUUGACCUGUUUUUAGUGUAUUUUCUCACGAAGCGGAAUGCGAGAUAGAUUUUUAGGAUUUGUCCACCCGAUGUUUUCUUGUAGGGUAAUGUGAUUGUCAGCACUCCAGAACAAUGGGACGUGCUGUCAAGACGGUGGAAACAGCGGAAGAACGUGCAAAAUGUGCACUUAUUCAUCCUUGAUGAAGCUCAUAUGAUUGGUGGAGAAUCAGGGGUAAGCUGAAAAGAACCUUUUUGCUAUUGGCUAUUUUCAGGUUAAGCGGUAGACUGGGUAGAUGUUUUGUCGAAUUGCUUUAUGGGACUGUUGUUGUUUUUUUUUUGGUCAAAAAUUGUCCGCCAAAACAGCCUUAAGGAUGCAGUUUGACACACCUCCUACCCUGUCUCAGGCUCAACUUCAGAAUGGUUAGUAACUAUCUUUGUUUAUCGGUGAUUGGCAAAACACGAAGGGAUUUAGGCUGAACAAAUCGGGUUUAGCGCGAAGUCCUAAGACAGAGAUGUCACAAACCCUUGUCAUUUUCUUGUGAAAUAGCCAUUUUUUUGUGUCACCCCAGGUGACAAUUCGGUUUAAUGGAUAAAUGCAAUUUAACUGAGUUAACGACUUGAAGCAAGAGUAGGUGACGUUAGCGUUCUCUGGCAUUUACUGGUGUAGCGAGGUUUUCGGGGCUCUGUGAAUCUUUGUAUUCCGGCAGUUCCGUUAGCUCGGCUCUUAGGCUACGUUUGUUCAGUGGGUCCUUGUUGUUGUUGCAUGCGUGCGCCAUUGCGCGUGCUUUGCAAUUGUACCGUUCGGUUAUCGACAGCGGGCUUGUUUUUUAUGCAUUGUUAGGUUUCCAUCCCCAUCCUUCCCUUUUUGUUCGUUAUAAUUUUCCACGCAGUCCAAUGGUUUCAGUGUGACAGGUACUGGGGAAUGUUUGGCUUCUAGGGCCGGGUGUGUUACUAGGUUGCCAGCUGGGAAGCUCAGUACACCUUGAAUUUGGUUUCGCGGUUUCAGACUUCGGGCGUAAGGGUACCUAUCCUCCACUUGCCUUGUAGGCGUUAUUACUGGAUGGCAUUUUCAGGUUCCAAAUACAAAAAUCGAAGUUGAAUUUGCUUUUAAUUUUGAAUUUAAAUAUUUUCUUUGUCUCGCUUGCAUGCUGAACGUUAAAUGUUUUGUUCUGUUUGUAACUAGUGUUUAGUUUUUGAUCUUUGUUAUUAUGUUUGACUCCUAGCCUGUAAUGGAAGUAAUCUGUUCUCGUAUGAGAUACAUCUCAUCACAGAUUGAACGUAACAUUCGGAUUGUGGCUCUGAGUUCUUCGCUAGCAAAUGCAAAGGUAUUAAAACCAGUCAUAGUCUUAGUAAGAAACAGAUUUGAACACAAGUUCAUUUUCUGAUGCUUAACUGAGAAGCUAAAGUUUAUUAGUUUGAUCAGUCAGAGAGUCAGCUAAUAUCAGUUUUGCUUUUCCUUUGUAGCCCAAACAGUCCGUUUUCCCGUCUUAAAACCUAAUUUAGUCAUCUUGAAACUCGAAACAUACACUUCAAGAUUAUCAUUUCCAAAUGUUAACUGUUCAAGGAUUAAUCUACCAGAGACUGUCGACAUACGUUUGAAUUGUUUUUAAUCAUUUCUUAUCUGAUAUUUGCCAGGACGUUUCCCAGUGGUUAGGAGUUGGUGCUACAGGCCUGUUCAACUUUCACCCCAACGUCAGACCAGUGCCCCUUGAACUGCACAUUCAGGUAUGAUCGUAAUAAGGCUAGCUUAAGCACGACGACGGCAACUAGAACUGCAUUAUUGUAGAUCAUUGAGGCGGCUAAUCAGCUUGUUGGGCUCGGAAUCCAAUCGUCCUGGACAUUCGAGUCGCUCUCUGACCACUACCGGGAUUUCUUUUUUUUCUGUCAAUUCCAUCUGGAUGGCUUGUCAUUAGAUGGGACUUUAAAUCGUGUGUUGUUUAUUUUGUUAUGUCUUUUGUUUCAUGUUACUUCCUUCCAACCCGUCCAUGAAAGGCACAGUUUUACAGUUGUUGUGUACUACUUUUCUCAUCUUCGUUGUUAAGCAUACAUUUUUUUUCCGAUUUCAGGCGUAUUUAAUCGUUUCUUGUUACCUUUUUUAUCAGGGCUUCAACAUCACUCACACAGCAUCUCGUUUAAUUGCUAUGACAAAGCCUAUGUAUCAGUCAAUUGUAAAGCAUUCACCCAAGAAACCUGUCAUUGUUUUCGUGCCGUCCAGAAGACAGACCAAACUGACUGCUCUAGACCUACUGACCUUCUCUGGAGCCGAGAAUGAUGCACAGAGGUAAGCUAGAAAAGAUUUAACAAAUGCAGGAGAUGGAAAACCAUCUGAGUGCUUGAUGGGAUUCCAACCCAUGACUUCCCAGGCGUCGGCUCUUACUACUGAGUUGCGGAGAGACUGGUGGUGAACCAGAUCGUGUACUGGGUUCUCAUGUCACACGUCCUGCAUACUGCUGGGAUGCAAAAAUCCAAACAAACAAACAAACAAACAAGAACAGAAACGACAAUUGUGGAAUCCAUCGCUAAAUUAACAUGAGACUUUUUAACCCUUUCACUCCAAAUUGUGGCUAAAGGUAGAAUUCAACAAAAUUUGCAAAUUUCAUUUCUUAGAAUGCUGAAAAACAACUAGUACCAUGUGAAAGUACUGCCAAAGAAGUUUCAUUUAAAUGGUCACACCAUAGGAUUUCGUCUUCAGACUCAAGUCUGCAGACUCAAAAGUUACAACUACCUUACCAGACUCGAUCAUUCACUGUGAGAGAAAGGGUUAAGAAACAAGUUUGUGCGAGAAGGCAAAGUGCUAUUAAUUUAAAUUUUAGCAGACGCAGGAAACGGCCUGACUUUUGCUAUUCUAGGAAAGUGAACAAAGGAGAACAUAAAGUGAACUUUAAUAACAAAACAGCAAAGACAAAAGCGGAAAGCGGUUUUUGUGUAAAAUCCAGCACAAUUCCAGAACAGUAAUUUAACGAUGUUGAUUCAAGUCGUAACUGUCGAUUUUAAAGAGACUGGUUUAAGUUUAUUUCCUUAGAGGGGUUAUUUUGCUUUAACAGGUUCCUGCACUGCACAGAGGAAGAUCUGCAACCUUUUAUCAAACGUUUGAACGACAAGGCAAGUUUUUAGGAACUUGGUUUUUAGUUUACUAAACUACCGUUGGUCCUGCGGUGCCGACUCUGUUACCAUGUAGUACAACGUUCCUAUAACGAACAGACAACAACAACAACAACAACAACAGCUUGAAUGGAAAUUCAACAUUGUAACUAAUUAAGUAAUUUUCCCACCCGCAAAUAGCCUUGGAACUAGUCGAGACGGGGCUGGGGAGGAAAGACUUAUUUACAAUACAAGAUUCUAGUGAAUUGACUAAACAACAGAGAGGACAGGAAAACCAACAAAAUAUCCGAUUUAUGAGAGAAAAACGAGAACUUUGCGGUACACAUUCACGGACACGCCCGUCGAGCAUUGAUCGGCAGGCUACGGACAUCUUGCCGAAAGAUUAUUGAUAAGCUGAAAGAAAUGCGUGACUGCGCGAGUAGGCAUUCAUGACAAGUUUUAAAGUACUUGUAGUAACUGACAAGUGGGUGUAACAUUUUGACGAAAAAAAAUCAUGCUUUUAACUGAUGGUAAUGCUCAUAAAUUUUGCCUUCUAAUCUUCAGACUUUGAAAGAGACAGUGGGUUAUGGAGUGGCUUAUCUUCACGAAGGACUGUCUGAUGCUGAAACCAAGAUUGUAGAACAACUCUUCAACUCGGGAGCCAUACAGGUGGUGAUUGUGUCACGCAAUCUUGCUUGGGCGAUCAACAUGAACGCUCACCUUGUGGUCAUCAUGGACACACAGUUCUACGAAGGGAAGAUCCAUGCGUAAGUCACGCAACGACUAUAUAUGCGGUAACGGCAGCGUGAAAAUGCAGGGGAGAGAAAAGUUAUAUUGAUCGGAUAAUUUUCUCUCUCUUUAAGACUUAAGAAUUAGAAGAAUAUUUAAAAUUCUCCACGCAAUAUCACGUUUUUGAUCGAGGCUUUUUUCAAAUAGGUAGCAGUGUGAGCAAACAGAAGAAAUCAAAGAAAGAAUCUUAACGUGAAACAAACAUAUACUGUAGGACACCGUCAUGUGGAAAACAACACUUGGCUUUGAAUCACAGUUGGUUUUGGUUUUUCUUUUGAAUGUCUGAGAAAUUGGCAGUGUAGCAAUGCAGACCAAAGUAACAACGAAACGGCACUCAUUUGAAAACCUGGCGCGCCUGGGAGGUUUAGUUAUCGGCUCGAGCUCCAAACCUUCCGCAUUUUGCCGAAUGCAUAAAUACGGGUUAUGAGUGGUUAGAACGAGUUAAUUGUGUGAUUAAAUUAUCUCAGUCAGGGCUUGAAAAAAAAGUUCCGUCCGGUAGUCCGGUUGUAACUUUUCGUGCUUACUUUCCCAAUGAGCUUAUAUGCCUUAUCGGGUUAUUAUAUAAAAAAAAAAAACGCUUCGAAGACUUCCUUGAGUUGAACUAGUGCUUCUGAUACAGUUUUGUUUUCUUCUUUUUCAGUUAUGUGGAUUAUCCCGUGACAGAUGUAUUACAAAUGAUUGGCCGAGGAAACAGGCCACUAUUGGAUGAUUCAGGAAAGGCAGUGAUUCUCUGUCAAGCAUCCAAAAAAGAAUACUUCAAGAAAUUCCUCUAUGAGCCUUUGCCUAUCGAGGUUAGUAUGUAACACGCCAAGGAAAAGAUUUCUACAGCGGUAACUCCGCAAAAUACAAAACGUAUUUUGUCUCCCAAAGGUUGGGAAAAAGUGAAAAGCCUGUCUCGUCUCACACAGUCGCUCACCCAAGACAGUUUGUUGUCGCGUUUCGUACAAUGUUUGCAAAGAAUGCUCUGCCAUCUAGUAACUAAAGCAGAAUCCCUUGAACCGUACGCUGGUAUACAGUUUCCUUAAGGUUAUAGAGUAGAGAUCUAAUGCGGACUUUCGCUGUUUCAGUCGCAUUUGGAUCAUUGUCUUCAUGAUCAUUUUAACGCUGAAGUGGUAACAAAGACGAUUGAGAACAAGCAAGAUGCAGUGGAUUAUUUAACAUGGACCUACCUUUACCGCAGAAUGACACAGAACCCAAACUACUACAACUUACAAGGUAAUGAUUCGGACUGGCACCUGCGUAAACGUGAACGCUUGAAUAAUAAUUACCUCUGGCAUGUUGUGUUUGCGUUUGUUUAAAAGCAUGAUUAAACCGCAGCUUUGUUGUACUAAUUGAGCUGAAUUGCGCUCAGUGUGCGUAGAUUUGGUAGAUUUGGCUACAAAGUUGGCUUGGCCGUUUUAGGUAUCUGGCAGUCGUUUCUAAGGAGUGGAUCAUUCUAUUCGUGUGGUCAAUAUAAUAUUUUUUAUCACCCACAGGAGUUACCCAUAGACAUCUCUCUGAUCACAUGUCGGACAUGGUAGAGAACACACUUAAUGAUUUGCAGCAGUCUAAGGUAUAGUUAACUGUUAUUUUUCCAAGUGUAUUACUUUUAGUUUACAAAAUCCGCAAAACCCCCAGUUGGUGAAAAAUAAUGCGAACAGUGCCUUUCCUACUGGCCGCUUUGACGUUUUGGGGAAGACUGGACUGGGACUGUUUUGGGGACGUUAUCGUUUUUCUUUGGCUAUUACGAGGAAGUCGGGAAACUGAGUCAAAAUUCGCGUCUUCAAACAGACCCACAGAGCAAUUCGAUUCAACGCCCACCCAGGCUUACUUGUAACUUCAAAAUGGCUCGUGUCGCUCUCUUCUGAGCAAGAAUAGUUGAUCGGAAUAUGAUGUUAGCGACGGCAAAAUUGGUCAUCAAACACGGUAAUCUCUUUUCUACUUAUAUCUGCCGAGACAACCAAAAACUAAACAAUUUUGUCUCUGUAAUGUGUUGUGCGAUGCCAUUAGUGUAUGUUAGCCCUUAAAGGGGUGACUGUUGUGACGAAUAAACACGGUUUUGUUCAAAUGUUUUGGAACAAAAUUAACUGUAAGUAGAGAGGGUUUCCUGACCUGACUGGGCCGACUCAUCAUUUCUUGCCUGUUUUGGUUCUUGUAGUGUGUAUCCAUUGAGGAUGAAAUGGACGUAUCUCCAUUGAAUCUGGGCAUGAUUGCUGCUUAUUACUACAUUAAUUACACUACUAUUGGUAAGAAGCAAUUUUUGGUCACCUUUACCGCUUCUUGUAAGUACUGACAAUACAAGGCCCAGCGCCUUCCUAGACUUUUUAUUGAACGAGAUCGCAGUGGUGUCGGAUUUUGCUAUCGGGCUAGUGAAUUCUGUUCUUAACUUGCCCGACGGACAAGUGAAGUUUUUUUUUUUGAAGAAUUCAAAUUACAGAAGAACUGUAAUCAAUCAAAACGUUUUUAGGGCUAGUUUAAAUAACUUUUGGGCUAGUACAUGCUAGCUAUAACUUUCCCGAAUGGCAAGCUGUAAAACUGACUUUCCUUGCACCCAGGAUCGGAAAUCUUAGGCUAACCUGUGACGAUUGGUUCCGGAGCUCACUCUUGAACAACCCCUCGAGUUUUUAUAUGUUAUUAAUUGUUAUAUAUGUUGUUUGAUGACAGAAUGUAGUGUAACACUAGCUUGGAUUGACCAUUUAAAUGAAUCCUCUUUGGUCGUUCUUCGGCAUGUCUAGUUUUCGUUUUGGUAUUGUGAAAAAUAAUUCGGAAUUUUUCCUAAUAUAUUUGAUGGAUAUUCGACUCCUCUUUUCUUUCGUCAGUUUUUAUUUUCUCUGUGAUUUUAAUUCUUGCUAUUGAUUAGACCUCAUGUUCUCUGUUUUGUCAAUCUUAUAGAGCUGUUUAGUGUGUCUCUGAAUGCCAAGACCAAACUGCGCGGUUUGAUCGAGAUCAUCUCUUCCGCCUAUGAGUAUGAAAGGCUUCCCAUAAGGCAUCACGAGGACGCUACCCUUAAACAAGUGAGUAACUGUCUAAUUAGUCUGUUACAAGCAGUUUGUGAUGUCAGUGCCACCCAAGGUGUUUAAUGUACCCAGGCCUCGUCCACACGUAUCCGGAUAUUUUUAAAAACUGAGGUUUUUUCUCCGUUUCAGAAUUCCUUCCUCUCGUUAACGGCGUUUUCGGGUAACAAAAACCUAGUUUUUCUUAAAUACGCCGGCUUAUCGUUUUCGUGUUGACGGAUGAAAAUGAAGGUUUUUGAAUACGAUGACGACAUACGUCGUACAGCGCAUGCCCCACAAGAGAUGCUGUCGUAUCUCUAUCGUUUUAGCGUUUUCGUUUGGACGAGCGAAAACGAUUGGAGUACGCUCCGUUUUCAAAAAAAUCGGGGUACAUGUGGACAGGGCCUCAGUCGUGUUUAAUUAGCGGGAAAAGUACCAGACGAGGAGACCUGAAUGGUGUAUUGUGGUGUUUGAAAGCUUGUCAGCCUAACAGUUUUUCAAAGGUUCAUUUUUGUUGUUUGUAAAGUUUGAUAUAAUGCUUGGGAGACUCAUUUGUUUGACACGAAGCUGUGAGUUUGACAUUCGCAAAAUAUUUCUAAAGCACCAUAAUGAUGGAAUAAGGGAACGUAAUUGGCGGCCUCUUUAACCCUUCAAACCCUAACAUCAACUUUUAUAUUCUCAUUUGUUGUGCUCAUACGUUUCAAUAGAAGUAGUGGAGAGAAUUUAGAUUCAUCUUUUGUGAUCAUGUCCUCAUUAUUCUCAUGACCACUCUGUAUUAUAUAGUAUUGACAGUUACAAGGAGAAAUUCCAUGUUGAUUUCUCUUGGGGAUUAAAGGGUUAAGCAAAGCUAACUGCGUUACAAAAUGUGUUUGUCUUUUAGCUUAUGAAUCGUGUACCUCACAAAGUGACCAAUGCCAAGUUCAAUGACCCUCAUGUGAAGACAAACCUGCUGAUACAGGCUCAUAUGUCCCGGAUGCAGUUAUCAGCUGAGAUGCAGUCAGACACGGAAACCAUCCUCGGCAAAGUAAGUGAACUAAUACACAAACAGGGACGAAGAAAUGCAUGGAUACUGAAAGGAAUCGUCCUCUGCUCCGCAUGGGAAACAAAUGAAUGAGUGAGGAUAAGUAGUAAAGUUAUGUAGCCGAAUUUGAAAAUCGUCGUCUUAAAAAGUACUCAUUUACUAAGAAAAACAGUUGCUUUGGUAUGCUGAUCUUUCCUUUUUUGUUUCUCUCUUUCUUUGAUGUGAGUGUGGCCUAGUUUGUCUUAAUAUUAACAACUAUGUCCAGUUUUGCAAUGCUAAUUCACGCAGAGGUAGCUCACGUCUUUAACUUCAGCGUUAAGCGUUCAGCGUCAAUCGUUUAUGCAACCUCUGGAACGUCUUACCUGAUAAUAUCAAAGCAGAGAAAUGUUCAAUUGUAAUGUAUGUGAUAUAUUUUUCUUGUUCUUUUUCUACCAGGCCAUGCGUCUUGUGCAAGCGUGUGUUGAUGUGCUCAGUAGCAAUGGCUGGCUCUCUCCUGCCCUUGCUGCCAUGGAACUUGCUCAAAUGGUAUGUCAACUCAGCCAAAUUCGUUUUCCAAUAGAUUGCAUCUGCAUGAAGUGUAGUGUUUUAUGAGAAAGUAAACGUUGAAUCUUGUCGUCGUUGUUGCCAUUUUGAGACGCCGAAAUUUAAGGAGCGGACUCACAAUCAUUCAUGAUCAGUCUGAAUUUUGUUAAGCGGCAGUCAGUAGUUCUUGCUGAAAACAACGUGGACUAAGUGAAUCCCGUUUUGCCCCCAGUACUCGUUGAAAUGGUGAUCACUCAGAUGCAUGAAAGGCAGCUCGACUACUCCUGAGAAAUGAAAAGUGUAUAGGUAAUCAGCCAGCCGUAAACUAAAUCCUUUUGUAUUUAUUUAGGUUACGCAAGCCAUGUGGAGCAAAGACUCUUACCUCAAACAAAUUCCUCACUUCACCGCGGAAAUAAUCAAACGAUGCACGGACAAGGUAUUCCAGAGCAGUUUUACUCUAUUUGUUCUCGCCUUUCACCUUUGGCUCUUGAAACUGCCAUAGUCGGGUUCAAAUUAACAGUGGUGUUGUAAAGUGGAGAAUGUUGUAGAAAGAGGUGUAACUUAGAAGGUAGAGGUAAUUUUUACGAGAGAACUCUAACAAGGACGAAAUUAUACCUUUACUCAGCCGUUCCCGCCUGUCUUAUUCCCAACUUCCUGCCAGCGUCAGGCAAGAGAUGGGGGAAAAAGCGUGUACUUAAACAACAGCGUAUACUCGGCUAGAGAGACGUUUCAUACUUAAUAAUUUUUGUGUUUUCUUUCUCAAAGUAGCCCUUUUGCGUAAAGGAAAGAUAAAGAAACUUUCACAAGCUUGUCCCCUUAUAUUCUUAUUGUCUUUCUGCAGGGUGUGGAGUCAGUGUUCGAUAUCAUGGACUUGGAAGACGAAGAAAGAAACAAGCUUUUGAGGCUGGAUGAUAAUCAGAUUCAGGUGAGAACGCGCUCUGAUUACAAAGGUUAUGAAUUAAUUGAUAGGCUACGAGAGGCUAUAACAUUCGUUUUUGUGUCGUUCGACAUUAGAGACCUUUGCAUUCAAGACGACUUUCUCAAUACUGAGUUGUGCGCGCGUGAACCAGCAUCAUUUUGGCGGGAAAACGUGACAGUCGUGCUAACUUUUCUGGCAAAAAAAGUACAGUGAAACUUUCCGGGGUGAUUAUUUUUUUUAGAAAACGCGGAAAAAGCUUAAAGUGGAAUCUGGUCCUCGUAGUUGUCCGGCUCGUCCUCGAUCAAUCUCUAAAGGCCUCUUGUCAUUGUGGUGAACGGCAAAAGGAAACCUCAUUGAACCACUGGAAAACCCCGGAAGCGAUUUUUGAUUUUUGAUUCAUUUGCAAAGAAGCAGAUGUUUCUAAUUAUUGUCCUUCUUCUGAGUGUAUCUAAUAAAUAUUUAGUCUCUGUUCAACGGUGCAUCAGCAUGGUGCUAUUUUCUUUGUGAGAAUGAAAUAAUUGUUUGUAAGUUAUUGAUUGUUGUUUUUCUUUUCAGGAUGUUGCCAGGUUCUGCAAUCGUUAUCCGAACAUUGAAUUGUCUUUUGAAGUUCACGACAAAGACAACAUCACUGCGUAAGUUGGCAGUUAGUAGUCUAAGAUAAGAAAAUUUAAUAAUAUCGCAAAAAAGAAAAAGACAAUGGCAACCAGGACAAGCAAAACAAGCACAAUCAUUAACAGCCGCAAAAAAAAGGGAAAAAAAAGAAGAAAAUCGGAGGAAGAAAGAAACGCUUUUCAACUUUACCACGAUUUUUGGUCACCACUUUGAAAGCUAUACCUUGAUGUGUUAUGCGUUCAGUAUAGGAUAAAUCAUAAAUAUUGCAAACGCGAGUGCGUGUAAAAUCUGAGCUCACGAGGUUGUUGUGUGUUAUUUCAGUUAUCAGCGGCUUUGCAUGGAAUCCCUUAACCUCAUCUGCGUGCCUUUUUAAAACAGAAACAUUUGGCCUAGGGCUUGACUGAAAUAUAAGCAAUAGAUUUAUAUUACCAAAACAACAACUCAUUUGCCGUCACUGCGCGACUACGACGUGAAAGUGCAUACUUUCACGUUUUGUGGAGGUGAACUCAAGACAGUGCGGUGUCUUUCUUUUUCUUUUCCCAAACUUCGAUACAACCUUUUAGAAUUCAACUCCAUAAAAAAUGACCAAUAUUUGUCGAAUUGAACGAGACGGAAUAAGCGCAGCCGUCACCGUCGUCGUUGCUUAAGCUCCGUGGCGACUCAGUGGAGACGUCUACCAUCGGCUUAAAUCAAAUUUCUCAUGUAGUGGACAGCGGCUGACUAAAAAGGAAAGAAGCGAAUUGUUUUCUUUUUAAGCAUUAGUCACCAGUUACUAUCUCUGACUUUAUGUUGAUGGAUCUUUAUUUGUAGGGGCUCUCCUGUGAACGUUAUUGUGGACCUUGAUCGUGAAGAGGAGCAGUCAGGCCCUGUGAUUGCACCGUUCUUUCCUGGAAAACGUGAGGAGGGCUGGUGGCUAGUGGUUGGUGACACUAAGAGCAACGGGUAAGAAACAGUGCUUAUUGCUUUUUAUUGAGCACCUGCGAAAGGGCUUUCCUCCAGUGAACGCCGCAUAUAACAUCAUAGCUAUUGCAACCGUCAGGGUUCUUCACAAAAUUAAAAAAAAAGGAGAAAAAGUGAUUAAGAGUAGAUAAAAAGGCGCUCGCUCGCUACAUCGCUUGCAGGUAAGGCACCCCUGAAGGUAUCCGGUAACCUUAUAAUUCGGAAACAGUCUUAUUCGGGGCGCACAUUUCAAGAUGGCCCCCUAAAUAUUGUCCAUCUGAGAAGUCAUUCGCCUUACUGAGUUGGCCGCUGCUGAAACGAAGAAAGUAGUCACAUGUGAAGAUUCACCUAUAUGAUAUACAGAUCCACAAAUCAAAGAGAAUUUUUAACCAGAGCGCUUGUAACUUGCUUCGUAGGCUAAUCUCGAUCAAGCGUUUAACACUCCAGCAAAAAGCCAAAGUCAAACUGGAUUUUGUGGCUCCGAGUUCACCCGGUACCUACUCCUACACAUUGUUUUUCAUGUGUGAUACUUACAUGGGCUGCGAUCAGGAAUAUCCCUUCAAGAUCAGCGUAGGAGAGGCGGCAAGCGGAGAUGAAGAGAGCGGCGAUAGUGAAGCAGAUGAUUAAACAUCACCGCGUCAGUUGGCAGGAUAAACAUCGGCGCAUGCUAAGCCGUUAGCGAUUUCCAAAAACCUUCAUAACCUGCCAUGUGAAAAGGAGAUUUUUUAUAUGUAUAGCAUGAAUUUCAGGCAUUAAACUUUACAAAUAGGAUUCUCUAAAAGUUACAUUUCACAAGUUCUGUCCAAUCGGCCUCCUGUUUAGCUUUUUUCUCUGUCUGAAAUACAUAACCAGGAAAGCUCUAGAGUAGAAUCGUCAAACCAAACGUAGCUUAGCUCUUAAAAUGGUUCGGUGGAGCGCAUGUGAGGAAAAAAUUUAUAUAUAAAGAAAAUCGUUUCCACCUCACGUUUUGUUACAAAAGGCUUAAGAAAUAAUUCGUUCGCUUUCCGAAGUUUUGCAGCUCGCGAAUAAAUAUCCGUAGGUCCCAGUUUCUGA